CUGAAAAAACACUUUAUUUAUUCUUUUUAUUAUUCACUCUUUCUCUCUCCUCUCAUUUUUCUGUUCCUCAUCAUCUCGUUUUCGGCAACGUUCUGAUCAUUCAACCAAAUUUCUAGAUUAAAAUCUAAAACAAAAUUGAAUCUCAUUUGUUAAGCAAAAACCCUCUCUUUUGAAAACCCAAUUAUAGGGGGAUCAUCAUCAUCACCAUGGAUCUUUGUUCUCUUCAUGUAAAUAGUGGUCAUUUCUCACCCAACAUUUACUCUCUAUUUCAGAGAAAUAAUACUGAAAAACCCUUUUCUUGCAAGUUUGGGAGAAUUUUGAGAAUUGAAGAUGAGAACAUUGUUGAAAUUAGGGUUUCUAAGUUGAAUCUUUCUUCUGCUAAUCGAUCUCUUGUUGUACGAGCUAUGGGAAAGAAAAAUCAUGAUAAUUCCUCUUCUUCUGGGAGUAGUGAUAAACCUGUCCCAGAGGGAGAUGAUUCAAAAGGAAGCAACUCAAUGCCUGAAAGCAACAAAUCUGACGACACUACCACGCAUAAGUCACAUCAUCGUAAAAUUUCAGACUGGAGAGAUUUUAGAGCAAAUCUUGUUGCCCGGGAACAGGCACAACUUGUGGACAUAGAUGCUCCUGUCGACAGGUUUACCCAGAAGUCCUCAAAACUGCUUGGCCCAAAAUGGGCGCAUCCAAUUCCAGUACCAGAAACAGGCUGUGUCUUGGUCGCAACUGAGAAGCUCGAUGGUGUUCCCACAUUUGAAAGAACUGUUGUCCUACUUCUCAGGUCUGGAUCAAAUGACCCACGCGAGGGUCCCUUUGGAGUUGUGCUGAACCGGCCACUUCACAAGAAGAUCAAACACAUGAAACCCACAAAUCUCGAUCUCGCAACAACAUUUUCGGACUGUUCAUUGCAUUUUGGCGGUCCCCUCGAAGCAAGCAUGUUUUUACUAAAAGCAGAAGAGAAUUUGCAUCUCCCCGAGUUCGAACAGGUAGUACCCGGACUUUGUUUUGGUGCAAGAAACAGUCUUGAAGUAGGCGCAGACCUAGUAAAGAAAGGUGUACUCAGGCCCCAAGAUUUCAGAUUCUUUGUUGGAUACGCAGGUUGGCAGUCCGAUCAAUUAAGAGAAGAGAUUGAAUCAGAUUACUGGUUUGUCGCUGCAUGCAGUGCAAAUAUGAUUUGCAAGAAAUCUAAUUAUCCUUCUUCCCCAGAUUUAUGGGAAGAAAUUUUGCAGUUAAUGGGAGGUAGAUAUUCAGAACUAAGCAAGAAACCCAAACAAGAAGGUUGAAUGAAAAAGCAACCUAACGCUUUUCUGUACAGGAAGUACUCUUAGAAGUUUCUGACAUCUCGUCGUCACCCUUUUCCCCUAGUCUUGUUGAUCUCCUUUCUUGUAUGUAAGACUUGCUUAUAUUAGCUUUGAGAAUAAGUCAUCAGUAUAGUAUUUGAUUUUACUUAGUUCCCAUUAUGAGUCCCAUGCUUCGCUAUUGUGGUCAGUUUCCUACAUUACAUGACAUUUUUUCUUUUAGUUGGA